UAUGAUUUUCUCCUGAUAUUUCACCAUCCGUACCGCACGUGCAGGGCAGACGCCAUGGAGACCGCCUCCGCCUCCGCCUCCGAUCCGCCGCCUCUCCGCCGCCGCCGCCAGCGCCAGCGCCGCCUCGUCUUCGACCGCCGCUACGGAUGGAUCUUCGACGAGUGGACGGACCCCGCAGACGCCGCCCUCGCCGGAGGCAGGGGGAUGUUCUGCGUGCUGCCGAUGGCGCGGUCGCUGGUGGACGUCGCCGUGUCCUCGGUUACCUAUGCAGCAGACUCAGUUAGUCAAGCUCUCGAGCGCUGUGGAACCUCAUCUCCCAUAGCAUAUCUUCCGCCCCUAUCAUUGCACAGGAAGCAACAAACAUGGUUUCGUGAACUUGAGCAUGUUGGAGUUAUAGCUGAUACAAAGUUAAUACCCUGCAGAACUAUGUGCAGCUUGGGGUGUAUCAGCACUGAUGGCCACUGAUUGACAAGGCAGUGGUAUCACCAAUUGAAUGCCGAGCUUCUGUUUACAAUACGUUAGUUCAGUUUCGGAAAUGUCAAAUUCGUACAAUGUCAUCGUGGAGCCCUUUGUCUGUGACUCUCUUUUGUCUCCUUUUUGAAGAAAGCAUGAAGUUUGAGAUUGAGCCAUUGGGGUCAUAAUAUGACCGUUGUAUUAGCAAUAUGGUAAAGUUUUGAUGGAAUCGUACCAUGUUGAGAUUGGGUCAUAUUAGCAAUAUGGUAAACCAUGGUUGGCCUGGUGACAGAUCAGAUUUCACUAACAUACCUUGCAGAAAUUAGAGAGUUCA